UCUGAGUGCGAGAUCUGGAUAUGGCCAGCACCGGUCUUGUCCUCUACCUGUGGCCGCUGACAUGACAUCACACCAAGGACUGACCUUUGAAGCUCAUGGAACACCCUUUCUUUUCACUAGGCCCUCCUGCCCUUCACUCCUCCCUUUUACAUCUUUGAUAGCUGUCCUUCCUCCCCUAAGUCUAGAGUUCUCUGUCACGGUUCAUAUUUCAUCUGAGGAGGACGGUUCCUUCUACCUGACGGCUGUUUACGGCCCGAAUGAUGAGAAUUUAAAGGAUGUUUUCCUUGCCGAGUUGACUGCGGUCUGUGCAUCACUGUCGAGCCCUUGGUUGAUCAUUGGUAAUUUCAACAUGAUAGCGGACAAGAAAAACGCGAACAUAAACAGGUUACGACCACGAGUUCUUGUAGAUGUCAGCAAGAUAGACAUGUCAACAAGCUUAUUAGGGUACGAUAUUCCCUUGCCCAUAAUUGUCGCUCCAACAGGGGCACACAAGUUAGCAAAUCCAGAAGGGGAGGUGUCUACAGCAAGAGCUGCAAUAGCAUGUAACACCAUAAUGGUGCUUUCCUUCGCAACCAGCUGCAGAAUUGAGGAGGUUGCUUCAGUUGCGAUGCCAUUCGCUUUUAUCAGUUAUAUGUGACCAAGACAAGAGAUGUUUCAGCAACAUUGAUACGGCGGGCUGAGAGUUGUAAAUUCAAGGCAAUUGUUUUGACAGUUGACACGCCUGUGGUCAGUAGGCGUGAAGCUGAUAUCAGAAACAA